CUCACUCCCUAGUCAUCGAUCACUAGCUAGCUACACCUACACGGAGUCGUUGUCUAGUCGUCCACCCCAUCUUCAUUCGUUCCUCAAACAGUUGUUGAAGCCUGCUCCAAUCCAAUCCGAUCUGAUCCAAUUCGUCGGCAGGUGCGUGGAGCAAGGGCGCUUGGGACGGGAGUGAAUCAAUCAUGCCGAGGAGUCCGCAGCUAAGUCUGAGCGGCUGCAGCUCGCUCUUCUCUCUGUCCAGCACCAGCACGAGCCGCGACAACGACAGCGCUGCCGCGGCGCCCGUGCCGCCACCGCCGCCGUCUCUCCACCCGCUGCCCCCAGGCCGCCCUCUUCUGUCGCUCAGCGUCGGCGGCGGUGGGGAGGAGGAACAGGAGGAUGAGGAGGAGUACCUGCUGGGCGGCCUGGAUCUGCAGCUGACUGGGGCCGGCGGCAGCAACAGCAGCGGCUGCUGCGACGGCGACGACGAGCGCAAGAACAUCCGGAUGAUGAAGAACAGGGAGUCCGCGCUCCGCUCCAGGGCAAGGAAGAGGGCGUAUGUGCAGGAGCUGGAGAAGGAGGUUCGUCGCCUGGUGAAUGAGAACCUCAAGCUCAAGAGGCAGUGCAAACAAGUACACGACGGGCUAGGCCAAUCUCAUCUUUCUUUCUUUCUUUCUUUCUUUCUUUCUAGGCUUGUCUGUAUUCUCUGCACAACACAAUCAACCUAACCUUGUCUGUAUUUUGAAUACUUCAUAUAAUGCAGCUCCAAGUGGAGAUGGCUGCACUGAUCCAGCCAAGCAGCAGCAGGAGUAACCCCCACAUCAGAAGAGCUGCCUCCUCCACUCAGCUCUAGCUCCUUACUUGUUAUGUUUCCUUGCAAAAUUUUAGUAUCUUCGUCUUCAUUAGCUACAACUCCUUGGACUGUGGUACAAGGGGCGUAAAAAUAAUCAUCCUCUUGCCAAUGCCUCGAUUAUGUCAGUUGCAUCUACUACAGCUUCUGCUGAUCCAGCACCUGCUCUUUCCCAAGACCUACCGAGGAAGAAGGCCAAGAAGCAGGAUCCAUCAUGGAUGAGGACAAGCUAGCUAGACUGCUUCUUCUCUGAUGAUCUGAUCCAUGAAUGUGCAGUGCUUGGGAGUUGAAUGGAAUUAGCUGACACGAGAUCCGUUGAUGGAAUGGAAAUGAGAUUAAUGUUUCAUGAUAUGGGUCGAUCGUCUGUUCGCGUCCGUUGCUUCCUCUGAUAUCAGUGCUCAUUACUCAUGCCGUGUGCAGCUAAUAGCUUUACAGCUUGGAGGAGCCAGAAGAAGGCAGUUUUUUAAUUUACUAUCCCAAUUCUCUUCUGGCCCCUGUAGGAGCCAGAGUAUAUUGCUAUUAGUGCAUGUCUUUCAUGUGGACGAAAGUAUUUAUCUAUCUAUCUAUAUACUGUAAAUCAAGAGUCUGAAAACUAGUGAAGUGAUUAAUAAAACCAACAUGUUCGAGUCA